UAUAAUUAUAUAAUCUACCUUUGUGUGUGGACGACUGCUUUUUUUUUAUAUACUCCAACUACCACGAAGGCCUAAGGCCUAAGCACCCAUUGGGUACCGUGGGGCUAUAGGGGGAUACAUGGGAAAGGGGGGGACGCCACACGGACUCUGGCGAGGGAACACGUGUGCAUGCAACAUGCACACAUUCUGGCUCCGCCUACGAGAUCCGCCAGGUGGUACCUCCACGUUCGACAGUCAGAGACCUUCCACCACCUACGGACAAUCACAACAUCCAUAG